AUGAGUGAAAAGAAGAGAAAGAGGCAGGAGCAGAAUGGCGAGCGGCCCAAGAAGAAGACAUCCGGCGCGCCGCAAGGAAAUGUGCGCGUUCAGAUGGUAGAGAACAAAGAGACUCUGGGUCCACUUCUAGCUGUCACACCCGGUCUCUCUAUGCCAUCGAAGCUAUCCUUCAAGCCAUACAAGCGCACCAAGAUCCUACCACAAGGCGAAAGCAGCGAACUACUGUUCCAGUCCUCCGAUCAUCCCCGCCUAGACUACACCGCUUCAGAAGAGCAGGAUGGCAGCGCCGAGAGCCAACUACAAGACUACAUCGGCGUAUUCGACCCUGCGACAAGCAAGUUGCAAGUUGUUCCCGUCAAGAGAGUCGUUGUACGAACCACACUGCGAAGCGAGGCACAAGAAAUGCGCGAAGAGCAGGAGAGGUUGGAUGCGGCCGUGAACACCGUCACAGCAAAGAGAGCUGCUCUUGCAGCAGAAUUCGGAUCCAAGAAGUCGAGGAAGGCGCUUGAAGACCGGACACUCAACGCCAUCAAGAGCGGAACUGGCGCCGAAGAUGCCGCGAGAACCGAUGCGAUCGCCGAAAACGUUCUGCAGCAGAUGUCUUCUGCGACGGCCGUUAUGCCAAACAAGGACGAUCUCGCAGCAGCCGUAGACAGCUCCAAGCCUCGCCCGAUGCCCAACCUCACAGCCGAAUACCCCGCCGAUGUUUACCCCACAGACGUCGUGGUUGGAAGCGAGCUGAUGACUAUUCUGGAUGUCAAGGACUGGGUGCAGGCCUCAUCAGCUGGUCAGGGUGUCAACGUCACCAGCAAAUACGUUGCAAAACGUAUCGUCAAGCUCGCAAAGAACAAGCAGAUACAGAAGUUGAAGGUACUACGCUUCAUACUGCUUUGUAUCAACUUCAACUCUGCAUUGUUUGGAGGGGGUGGACCGCGUCCGAAGAAGAUACCCAUGAAAGGAAAGUUGGAGACGGCGAUGGGUGAGGAUACGCCUGCUGGUCAAAUCAUGGCUAUCAGGAGGAAGUUUGCUCCCGAGGCAGGGAACGGUGAGAUGCCUCGUUGGAACAUCGAUAACCUCAUGACACACAUUGCGGCAGCAGCACUCAUCGUUGACGAUUUCGAAGUCGAUGUGAACGAUCUCCGAGACGAUCUCAAGCUCGAGAACAAGGAAAUCAAGCAAUACUUCGCCGAGCUUGGAUGCAAGCUCACCGCACCAACACAGACCGACCUCACACGCAUGAAGCUCACCAAGGCCGAAAGCGCCAACCACUUCAUCGCCAAGCUCAAGUUGCCAUUGUCAUUUCCCAGGGUAGGCGGAGCACGAGCGAAGAGACGGGCUUAG